AUGUCCACCAGCUCUGUCCCCGUCACAGCAGUCCCUACGGCCCCAUACAGCGCAAGGCCGCCCAGUCCACCAGCCAUUCUGAUCCCGGCACCACCACUGGCAAACUCUAAUCAGCCCAUCCAAGUCGUGCCCGCAUACAAUAGCAUCGAUCCGCUAUCUCUCAGUGCUCAAGAUCUUGCCAUUAUUACCCAAGGCAAGGCUCAGACCGCACACGACUCGGGAUGCAACUGGAACUAUGAACACCGACGCAAGGCACAACAAAUCACCGACUGGCUUUACUUAGGCCCUUCAAAUAUCGCGCGAGACAAGGAGUGGCUGCAGGCUAAUGGCAUCACGAUGCUUCUGGCCGCACGAGACUCGCGCAUGGCUCAGUUCCGGCUCAUGGCAGUGGGCAGAGUAGCUCAGGAGCUGGGCAUUGAGGCAGAGCACAUCGACGUAUCGGGGAACCAGGAGCUGAUUCGUGCAUUUCCUGAUGCCAUUCGCAAAAUCAACAACCACCUCUUGCGCAUCUACCAUGAGCAGGCAGUCUCCGACUGGUCUCAGCAAGUACAGGAUGGUCGUAUGGUUAUUGACAAGACCAACUUUAGACGAGGCAAGGUUCUCGUGUUCUGCGAGACCGGCAAUGACCGAUCGGCCGGCCUUGUCAUCGCCUACCUGAUGUCCAUCUUUGGCCUUGACCUGGUCCGCGCCAGCCAGUUCGUCACCUUCCGCCGCUUCUGCAUUAGUAUCGACGAAGAAAUGAAGUAUCUGCUGAAGACGUACGAGGAUAUUCUCACGGCCCAGCGUACAGUACAUAAAUUCCAGAUAGCCGUGCCCCAGAUCACCGCCACACUCACAUCUGCCAAAAAGUCAAAACGACGCUUUGAUGACACCAUGAGCAACGACGAUGAAGCCAUGGCAGGAACAGGCUCGUUCUUGUACGACAUAGAUCGCUACGUUGGUCGCGCUGACUGGGCUCCAUUCCAGGACAGCACCAAGGAUGACGUCAUGGGUGAGGAUUGA